UCUGAAUAAUUGAGGAGCUGUUCAGCAGCCGCGGCUGCCUCCUGCCUUCCUUUGCCGCCACCACCACUUCCCAUCCCAGCUAGAGAAACAGCUCCGCGCUGGAAGUGAGUUCGGCCAGCUACCAACCUCGGCAGCCAGCCCGUCGCCUCCAGCCCCCACCCGGACAUUCAUGCCCAGGAGAAGGCUGCACUGGGUCCCUCUGGACCUUUCCUGAAAGGGAGAUCCCUGUUCACUAGAUGAGUUCCAGAACCAUCCACUAAGGCUUUGUAGCCCCCUUCCAUCAGCUGACCUUCACUGCAUCCCCUAUCGCUCAAGAUGAGUGGCUUCCUCGCCUCGCUGGACCCCCGGCGGGUGCAGUGGGGGGCUGCCUGGUAUGCAAUGCACUCCAGGAUCCUACGCACCAAACCCGUGGAGUCCAUGCUAGAGGGAACUGGGGCCACCACGGCACAUGGAACUAAGCUAGCCCAGGUGCUCACCACAGUGGACCUCAUCUCUCUUGGCGUUGGCAGCUGUGUGGGCACUGGCAUGUAUGUGGUCUCUGGCCUGGUGGCCAAGGAAAUGGCAGGACCUGGUGUCAUUGUGUCCUUCAUCAUUGCAGCCGUCGCAUCCAUAUUAUCAGGCGUCUGCUAUGCAGAGUUUGGAGUUCGAGUCCCCAAGACCACAGGAUCUGCCUACACCUACAGCUAUGUCACUGUUGGGGAAUUUGUAGCAUUUUUCAUUGGCUGGAACCUGAUCCUGGAGUACCUGAUUGGCACUGCGGCCGGAGCCAGUGCUCUGAGCAGCAUGUUUGACUCACUGGCCAACCACACCAUCAGCCGCUGGAUGGCGGACAGCGUGGGAACCCUCAAUGGCCUGGGGAAAGGUGAAGAAUCAUACCCAGACCUUCUGGCUCUGUUGAUCGCAGUCAUCGUGACCAUCAUUGUUGCCCUGGGGGUGAAAAAUUCUGUAGGCUUCAACAAUGUUCUCAAUGUGCUGAAUCUGGCAGUGUGGGUGUUCAUCAUGAUCGCAGGCCUCUUCUUCAUCAAUGGGAAAUACUGGGCAGAGGGCCAGUUCUUGCCCCAUGGCUGGUCAGGGGUGCUGCAAGGAGCAGCAACAUGCUUCUACGCUUUCAUUGGCUUUGACAUCAUCGCCACCACUGGAGAGGAAGCCAAGAAUCCCAACACGUCUAUCCCUUAUGCUAUCACCGCCUCCCUGGUCAUCUGCCUGACAGCAUAUGUGUCUGUAAGCAUGAUCUUGACUCUGAUGGUGCCAUAUUACGCCAUUGACACGGAAUCCCCACUCAUGGAGAUGUUUAUGUUUGUGGCUCAUGGAUUCUAUGCUGCAAAAUUCGUAGUGGCCAUUGGGUCCGUUGCAGGACUGACAGUCAGUUUGCUGGGGUCCCUCUUCCCGAUGCCGAGGGUCAUUUAUGCCAUGGCUGGUGAUGGGCUCCUUUUCAGGUUCCUGGCUCAUGUCAGCUCCUACACAGAGACGCCAGUUGUGGCCUGCAUCGUGUCGGGGUUCCUGGCGGCGCUCCUCGCACUGUUGGUCAGCUUGAGAGACCUGAUAGAGAUGAUGUCUAUCGGCACGCUCCUGGCCUACACCUUGGUCUCUGUUUGUGUCUUGCUUCUUCGAUACCAACCCGAGAGUGACAUUGAUGGUUUUGUCAAGUUCUUGUCUGAGGAGCACACCAAGAAGAAGGAGGGCAUUCUGGCUGACUGUGAGAAGGAAGCUUGUUCUCCUGUGAGUGAAGGGGAUGAGUUUUCUGGCCCAGCCACCAACACAUGUGGGGCCAAGAACUUACCAUCCUUGGGAGACAAUGAGAUGCUCAUAGGGAAAUCAGACAAGUCAACCUACAACGUCAACCACCCCAAUUACGGCACCGUGGACAUGACCACAGGCAUAGAAGCUGAUGAAUCCGAAAAUAUUUAUCUUAUCAAGUUAAAGAAGCUGAUCGGGCCUCAUUAUUACACCUUGAGAAUCCGGCUGGGUCUUCCAGGCAAAAUGGACCGGCCCACAGCAGCAACUGGGCACACAGUGACCAUCUGUGUGCUCCUGCUCUUCAUCCUCAUGUUCAUCUUCUGCUCCUUCAUCAUCUUUGGUUCUGACUACAUCUCAGAGCAGAGCUGGUGGGCCAUCCUUCUGGUUGUUCUGAUGGUGCUGCUGAUCAGCACCCUGGUGUUUGUGAUCCUGCAGCAGCCAGAGAACCCCAAGAAGCUGCCCUACAUGGCCCCUUGCCUCCCCUUUGUGCCUGCCUUUGCCAUGCUGGUGAACAUCUAUCUCAUGCUAAAGCUCUCCACCAUCACAUGGAUCCGGUUUGCGGUCUGGUGCUUUGUGGGUCUGGUCAUUUAUUUUGGAUACGGCAUCUGGAACAGCACCCUGGAAAUCAGCGCUCGAGAAGAGGCCCUGCACCAAAGCACGUACCAACGCUACGAUGUGGAUGACCCCUUCUCAGUGGAGGAGGGUUUCUCCUACGCCACAGAGGGUGAGAGCCAAGAGGACUGGGGUGGGCCCACUGAAGACAAAGGCUUCUAUUACCAACAGAUGUCAGAUGCAAAGGCAAACGGCCGGACAAGUAGCAAAGCGAAGAGCAAAAGCAAACACAAACAGAACUCAGAGGCCCUAAUUGCAAAUGAUGAGUUAGAUUACUCUCCAGAGUAGGAGAAACAUACAAGUGGGUAGAAAUGGUGAUGAUUGAUUUUCAGUAACUUAACCUGUGGGCUAGAAGGUGAAAACUUUUUUGGCUCUCAUUUCACAAAUCCAGCCUUCCCCAAAUUCAAUCCCUAGUCAUAGCCUGUCAUUUGCUACUUUUGCUCUUCAGGAUAGUUCUGUUGAAGGGCUUAACCUGGGUCCCCUAAGUGGUCACCUUGUUAAAAUAAAUAAAUAAAUAAA